AUGUCCUGUGGAGGACGAACACCCAAGAGCGAGUCAAGCCAUAAAGGGGACCAUGUCGAGCUUCCCACAUCCUCGACUGAAUCGGGAAAAACAAGACCUCAUAGAAGUGAGGAAAAGCACGAGAAGUCAAAAUUACCUUCUUCGGAAAAGAAGGAGCAUGAGGAUCAGAAAUUGCCUGGAGCAGUGCAGCAGCCACAUCCAGCUGCCGAUGAGGGUAAACAAGGAGGCAAUGACGGCUACGAGUCUUGCCCUGACAUGACCCCAACACAGCUGGCAAAAGUAUUGGCAGAAAUGAAGUGA